UGUGAUGACGUCACGUGUUGUGGUGCCGUCAGCAGGGAUGGCGGACCAGCUGGGGUCGCCUGCUCACAAGGCCAUCAGGAAGAUUAGAAAAAAAUUGCGACAAAUCGAGCAUUUGGAACUUUUAGGCAGAGAACUAAACGAUGAGGAAGCCUUGAAGGUUAGCAGAAAGAUUGAUCUACGCAAAGACUUGCGUAAAUUACUCAAGGAGCAUCCUCAAGAUGAAAAUGAUGUCAUGAAGCGGCAAAGCAUUCAUCAUAAUGAAGAAGAAAGUAAUAUUAAGAAAUCUAAGAGUAUUGAUUCGUCUAAUUUAAAGCAAGAGAUUCCAGAUGAGUUAGAAUUGCAAGACUCAUCCCACCAAUUUGAUACUUCAGCAUCUGGUCCAGAGCAUCAAGAACGUCUGGCAAGUUUAUCAUCUUCCCGUAGCAGCCCAUUUGACCCUACUUCCAUCCCUUCACCUGUUUUGUAUCCCAUUGAGACGCAUGCCGAGAAAAUUGUUUCGGGUGCGGAAAACACACCUGUAAAACUUCUUGCCUCUUCUGAAACUCAACAUCAUUGUGUUAGCCAAAAAGCUGUAAAAGUUGAGGGAAAACCUCAGACAUCAAAAUCAAUUCCUAAAGGAUCAAAUGCUGAUAAUUUAAUGAUCAAAGAAAGUGCGCUAAAGAGAGAGAGUGCGUAUGAAGUUUUCACUCUUGAGGGCCAUAAUGAUAUAAUUUUAGGCGUUGACUGCAUCGACAACUUUGUGUUAUCAGCAAGUCGAGACACAACUGUACGUGUGUGGCGAAUUGGCAAAACCAAGGAAGAGAGAAGUCUCCGAGGACACACAGCAGCUGUUACUGCUGUAGCAUUUUUACCUGAGCCUCUGGCUGCAGCUGUACUAGCGAAACUCGAGACAGAUUAUGAUGAUCUGCCAUUCGUCCAGGGACGAGUUUCAUCAGAGUGCCGUAUUCUGGCUGUGUCGGGGGGUUUGGACUGUAUGCUAAGGGUGUGGGAUAUAUUGUCAGGGGAAAGUCAUGGUUCGAUCUAUACAUAUAAUGGAAUAACAUGCCUGAGCUGCGGAACAUGGGGAGUAGUGACAGGAACAGAAGGAGGAAAGCUUGAGGUUUGGUGUAUAGUCAGUGGUCAGCGCCUUGCCUUUGUCAAUGCAUUUCAGAGUCAAACUACUGCUCUUUAUAUUGAUGGAGAUGAGGUAUAUGCUGGAAGUGCUGAUGGUGAGCUGGGAAUUUGGAGGUUUAAUGCAACCCGUAGAAAGCUGGGAGUUGUUUACAUCAUGGAGGCUGAAUCAUCUACCUUUGUUCCUCUGAGACAAUUAGCAGCAGUUGUGGCACAUAGCGGGAGGUGUUAUUUGGGAGACAGUGGUCCAAAUAUUAAAGUUGUGGAUUGGAAGAAGGGCCAUGUGUCACGUCUGGUGAACCACGUUGGAGACAUUGGCAUGACAGACAGUCUAACGCUCUCACCAGACGGGUUUCUUCUUGCUGCAUCCUACCUCGUUGAUUCUGGUAGUUCUUCCAUCAAUGUUCGUGAAGCAUCAAGUGGCAGAUAUAUUUGCUCUCUAACUGACAACGACGAGGGUCGCUACCUGACCAUGAGCGCAUCACCAGGUGUAAUUGUGACAGGAGGGCAUUUGUUGAAGGUGUGGCUGCGGCAGGAUAGGAGUGCACUUCCGAAGAAAGGGAAAAGAAAUUCAAAUGAGGUAAUUCUUCCAAACAUUCUGCACAAACUAUCAAGUCCAGCGGUUGACUCGGCCUCGGAGGAUGAGACAGAUUGGGCAUCAUCAAGUGAUGAUGAAGUACAGGAGUUUGUACCUGUACAAAGAGGCUCCUCCCAGAGUGGAGGUAACGUAGACAGUAGUGGGUGGUGGUGUAGAAUCUUGUAGCUAAUUAUAUGGUUGAGAGGUAAA